AUGUCUACAUUGGACUUAAUUGAUUGUCCAAACAUUGAUGGACACAAUGGCAAGGAUUAUGUGUUUGUCGCCCACUUGUAUGAUAGUCACCGUCGGAACCGUUUGGCCGACAAGAUUGUGCUGAAGGCCAGAACUUUGACCACUUUUGAGUUGAUCGGCAGUAAUGGUUGGAAACAGUAUUUCAAAGACAAUAAGCGGUUAAUUGUGAACGCGAUUAACGAAGUGAUGGCCGAAAGGUUUGGUCAUUCGGUGACCGCAGGAAUGGCCGCCAAUUCAAGUGAUCUGUAUUUUAUAAAUCAGUUUCUUUGGGAACCGAUUGUCACAGAUGUGGACCAAUUGAACGAAACCACACUAAUUAAUGUAUGGCUUCUCAUACAAGACAAUGAGUUUGUCUUAAGCAAAGUCUAUCCGACGAUAUUUCCAGCAGUUGUGGGCACUUGUGGUCACUUUUAUGGCGUCAAAUACGCCGAUCAUAUUCUCGACAUCUCAUACUUUACGCCAAACUAUUGGCCAAUCGUUUCGCGACCACUCGUCGAGCGGACAGAAGUUGGGCUCAAAAUAAUACAAUUUUUAAGACAUUUUAUGGAAAUCAAACCAAAGUUAGAGUUGUGUGACAUUAAGUUUGAACACUUGGCUCUUAUGGCACAACACAUCCUUCUCAUCGACUCAGACAUGAUAUACACGAAGAAAGCGGUCAUCGACUCCAUUGAGUGGAUCAGUCAUUGCGAGGAUAACAAUGACUGCGAUUUCAUCGAAACAUUCCCUCACACAGAAGUCCUGUUCUUCACACGUUGUUCGACAUGUGUUUGGCCUCAGAGGCAACCCAUUGGCUCAGACCUGACGACAAACAAACUGCUAAAUAAUGCAUUGAAGCCAAAGACAUCACUGAAAGGCGUGACGCAAAUCCUGAACGAAGACAUUAUCUCCAAACAUAUGAAAGUCGCGAAAGAGUGCGUCAAUCGUACCGAAGAUGAAGACCACUCAAUCCAAGUGUCGGAUAUGAGUGAAGGAGAGACUAUUGAGACUCAUAAAAGUUUGCCACAAGAAGUGCUAUCAGUUGGACAUCGGAUCGGUUUAAAGCAAAACAAUGACAAGAGUAUACUCGAGUCGUUCGUGAAGAAAGUGUUGCCCAAAAGCCUAAUGAAUGAAGAGUUCAGAUAUAAGACAUACCUCUUGAGUGAUACGAAAAAGACAUUUCAAUCCAAACGCCCAUUAAAUGCCAAAAAGAAGACAAAAGGUCCCAAAAUUGGUCUCCAAUUGACGGCAAAAGAAAGGAAACGAGUCUUCGCUUUGGGUAGAAAUGAUGUCAAAUACGAGAUUCGUAUCGCAUAAUAAAUGGCAUAAAUUGCCGCUAAAUUCACG